UCCAAAGCUCUUCCUUUUCUUAUCUACUACUACUUGUUUAGUGUACUUUUUCUCUCUUCUUCUCUUUUCUUCUCUUACUUAGUACUAUUUUUAUCUAGCCAAAAGUUGAAUACAGUGCUAAAGAUCAUAAAAUAUGAAUGAUUGGGCUGGUCCGAUCAUAGCUACAUCGCUAUUUGCAUUUCUAUCUCCCGGAUUACUCUUUCAAAUGCCGGGCAAGAUUCGGCCAGUUGAUUUCUUGAACAUGAAGACCAGUUGGAUUUCCAUAUUGGUUCAUGCUAUCCUCUUUGGUUUGCUUCUCAUUCUUUUGCUCGUUGUUCUCAAUCUGCAUCUCUAUGUUUAAUUAGCUAUAGCUAAUACAGCAAAUAAUAUAAGAAGCUAGAACUAAACAUGCUCCUUCAA